CACAAUACCACCACCGUCACACCCACCAGCCACCACCACCGCCAAUGCCACUAAUAAAAAACCGUACACGUACACGUUUUGAUUAUAAUUUAGUAAGUGCAAAAGGAAGGUAGUAGAAUAUUAAUGUCAACAAAGUUCGGAUAGUGCCCUUAGCUUUCUGAUGCCUAUAUAUAGACACUAACCCUUAACCUUGUCUACUCACAAAGUAUUUGGUUUCUCAAGAUACUUCACUCACAAGUCUCAACCAACACAUUACACUAAAGAAUCACAUUGAUCUCAAAAACAAUCUUAACCAACGGACAUUAAGUUUUUCAAGUUUGAAUAUGGCCAGCACUAGGGUCAUUGGUGCUGCAUUCUUGGUUUUGCUGCUUGUGGAGCUCUCCUUUGCUUCUAGACCGUUAAAGGCCACUGGGGGUGGUAGCGGCGGCGGUGGUGGCGGUGGAGGUGGUGGAGGGGGUGGUUCAGUCUUUGGGUCCGAGUCUGGGUAUGGUUCGGGGCAUGGGUAUGGGAGUGGUUCAGGGUAUGGUACUGAAGGUGGAGGCGGAGGCGGUGGAGGUGAAGGAGGCGGCGGUGGUGGUGGAUACGGUGGUUUUGGGUCUGGAUAUGGGUCUGGUGGUGGCUCUGGUUAUGGAUCUGGUGGUGGGAAAGGAAGAGGUGGAGGUGGAGGAGGCGGCGGUGGUGGUGGUGGGGGAGGAGGUGGUGGAGGCUCAAGUACAGGAAGUGGGUCAGGUUAUGGAAGUGGAAGUGGCUACGGUAGUGGAGGUGGCAAGGACGGUGGUGGUGGGGGCGGUGGAGGAGGCGGUGGCGGCGGUGGUGGUGGUGGAAGUGGCCAUCGUGGUGGUAGUGGCUCUGGUUACGGGGAGGGUUAUGGGUCUGGAUAUGGUGAAGGAGGUGGGGAUGAUUCACCAUGAACAUGAUCAUAUUAAUUACGUGAACUAUUCCAUUGUUAGAUAAUUCAUCAUCUUUGUCCAUUCAUGAUUGAAAUAAAAUGCUCAGCUUCAACACCACUAUGUAUACGCGGUGGUGGAUAUGUCACCCUUCGAUAUUAAUCACAUUGUUACUCCUACUAUACUACUAAUACAAAGCUCAAUUUUCUUUUGUUAAA